UUCACCCGGUAUUGCUAUAGAUAUCACGUGGUUGAUUUCGCCUAAUCUAUACAAAUUAAUUGUUUUUAGUUAUACAGGUUACAUAUUUUGUAUAUAUUUUUAAAUAUUAUUUUCAACAAAUAACUAUGGGGAAGAAGGGAUAUAAUUGGAAGGCACGAAAUGUAGCUGAAGUUGAAAUUGACAAUUCUUCGUUAAAAAAGGUAACCUUAGAUUUCGCACAUCGCCUUGAAAAUUAUGAUGAAUGCAAUGCCUUAGUGCUUCCCAGUAAAAAACGAAAGACAAAAAAUAAAGACAAGAAAGUAACUAUAACUCGAAUAUUAUCUAAAAAGAAAAGAAAACAAUUAGAGAAAGUUAUCAACAAGAAACAAAAGAAAGUCCAGAGAGCUGAAUUAUUAGAAGAAUUAGCAAAGGUACAAGUUUCUGAGAAUGAAUUAAAGCAGUAUGUGUCUUUGGCUGCCCAUCAAACUAAAGGACUGAAACGUCAUUUUCUUGAAUCGGAAACUAACAACAUAAUUUCAAAAGAUGCAGAUGACAAGGAAACCGAAGUCAUUAAUUCUAUUAAAGGGUCAAAGAAAAGAAGAAUAGCCCUACUUACAACAGAUCAUACGCAGAACACUGUAUCUGAUCCAAAUGUAUUAGGCUUGAACGAAUCAAGUGAUAGUGAAGAAGAAUAUAGCUCAAAUGAAAGUAUAGAAAAUGAAGUAUCUGAAAAUAAAAAUGAAAACAAUGAUGAAACAAAAGAAAAAUUAGUUAACGAAGACACAAGUGUUAAUAUAUCUCCUGAAUCAAACAUCACUCAGGUUCCAGAAUCGCAAAAAAUGGAAAUACAGAAUUUUCCAAAAAGAUCUGUUUUAGUGGAUGAAGAACGAAAACCUGCCGUAUUCGUUACUGUUAAUCGUGAACCAAAGAUUCAAGAAGCUAGAUUAAAGCUCCCUAUUUUAGCUGAAGAGCAAAUAAUAAUGGAAGCAAUUAAUGACAAUUUAGUUGUGGUAAUCACUGGAGAAACAGGAAGUGGUAAAACCACUCAAGUGCCCCAAUUUCUAUAUGAGGCAGGCUAUGCAAAAGAAAAGCUUAUUGGAGUAACUGAACCUAGAAGAGUAGCUGCAAUGUCCAUGAGUAAACGUGUCGCAGAAGAGAUGAAUCUCAGCUCAGAAGAGGUUUCCUACUUAAUUCGCUUUGAAGGAAAUGUUACACCAAAUACUCGAAUAAAAUUUAUGACGGAUGGAGUCUUACUAAAAGAGAUACAAACUGAUUUCUUGUUGACAAAAUAUUCCGUUAUUAUAUUAGAUGAAGCGCACGAGCGUAGUGUUCACACUGAUAUACUGAUUGGCUUGCUCUCGCGAAUUGUGCCAUUGCGAAAUAAGAGGAAGGAUCCUCUUAAGCUCAUAAUCAUGUCAGCUACACUACGUGUCGAAGAUUUCGUAGGAAAUACCAAGUUAUUUAAAGGUCUUUCCCCACCAGUGAUUAAUGUGGAUUCGAGACAAUUUCCUGUAACGAUACAUUUUAACAAAAGAACUAACGAAGAUUAUGUAACCGAGGCUUUGCGUAAAACUAUUAAGAUACAUACCCGUCUUCCAGAAGGUGGAAUUCUCAUAUUCUUAACAGGUCAACAGGAAGUAAAUACCGUAGUCAGAAAGCUACGUAAAGCAUUCCCUUAUAAGAAAAAAAAAUGGACGUCCAAGAAGGAUAAUACUAAUAUGUUAAAAGAAAAUGUUAAAGAUGGAAAUGACGAUAAUGAAUCAAACUGUUCCGAAGAAGACCAUAACUUAGAAAAGGUUAUGCGUCGUUUGAAACAAAAUAAAAGUAAACGAAAUUCAGAAUUACCGAACAUCAGUCUUGAUCAAUAUAGUGCUGUACCUACAGAUGACACACAGGGUGAUCUACUUGAUGAUUUAGAGCUAAAUGAUAAUGAUGAUGAAAAUGGUUUCGAUGACGACGAAGAUGAAGAUGAAUGUGCUCUUUAUCUUGACGGAACAUCAAAUGCACAACCACUUUGGGUUUUACCACUCUAUUCUCUAUUGCCAAGUUACAAGCAAGCUAAAGUAUUUGAAGAACCUCCGGAAGGCUGUAGAUUAUGCGUUGUGUCCACUAAUGUGGCAGAAACUUCUUUAACAAUUCCAAAUGUGAAAUACGUAGUAGAUAGUGGUCGAUGCAAAACACGAAUCUAUGAUAAAGUGACCGGAGUAAGCACGUUCCAUGUAUGUUAUACCAGUAAAGCAGCUGCGGAUCAGCGCAGUGGUCGAGCUGGCAGAACAAGUCCAGGACACUGUUACAGGCUUUAUUCCUCAGCUGUAUUUAACGAUCAAUUUGAGCAGUUCAGCGAGCCAGAGAUCCGACGAAAACCCGUGGAUGAUCUCCUAUUACAAAUGAAAGUUAUGAAUAUCGAUAAAGUCGUUAACUUUCCAUUUCCUACAUCUCCGGAUAUUACACAGUUGAUGUCUGCUGAAAACAGACUUCGUGUUUUAGGAGCCCUGGAAGAAGUGCCUUCAAUGAAGCAAGAUAAAUUCUCUGCAAAAGUGACACCACUUGGACGAAGCAUAGCUGCAUUUCCAGUAGCUCCACGCUAUGGGAAAAUGUUAGCAUUGUCUCAUCAGCAUGACUUAUUACAAUACACUGUUUGCUUGGUAGCUGCACUCUCAGUUCAGGAGCUGCUCAUCGAAGGACCAUCUGAACAAUCGGAAGGCAAUCUGAAGAACAAGUGGCUUCAGAUUCGUCGUAAAUGGGCUGGUACUGGAAACAGUCUUUUGCUGGGUGAUCCAAUGGUUCUUCUUCGAGCCGUUGGAGCUGCGGAACAUGCAAGUGUGCAUGGAAAGCUCACUACUUUUUGUGAACAAAACGGUUUGCGACAUAAGGCUAUCGUCGAAGUUAGAAAGCUCAGGCAGCAGCUUACUAACGAGAUCAUGAUCAAUAUAUCAGACUUGAAUCUCAUCGUUGAUUCCGAAAUGUCUCCUCCAACUGAAGUACAAGCCAAAUUGCUUCAGCAAAUUGUACUGGCUGGUAUGGCAGAUCAGGUAGCUCGAAAGGUAUCUCCAGAUGAAUGUAAGGACGAAAAAGAGAGAAGAAAGUGUAAAUAUGCUUACAAGACGUUAGAAAUGGAAGAACCCGUAUUCAUGCACUCAUCUUCUGUCUUGCGGAAGACAAACCCUGAAUGGGUUGUCUAUCAGGAAUUGUUCGAAACUAAUAAAGUGUACAUGCGUGGAAUAACUGCGAUACAACCCGAAUGGUUGCCCAAGUUUGUUCCCUCACUGUGCCAACUGAAAAAAUCCACUUUGGAAUCAGUAUUAAGGAAAAAGGAUGAUUUCGUAUCUGGAACAUUUGGACGAACAGGAUGGGAGCUUCCACUAAUGAAAUUAGAAAAUGUUUGUACAGAAAAUAUAACUAGAUGAAAUUAUGUAUAGUAAA